AUGAAACCAUUCACAGAUGAAGAUGUAGAAAUCUACAUCCAGAGCAAGGUAGAACAGCGACAUUACCUGGUUUCCAAAGCGGUGGAGGAGGUGCAGAAAAUCAUCCAGCAACUGACUGCAGAAAUUAGCUAUAAGGCCACGCGAUUCCAGGCUAUCUCCAACUCUGGCAUUCACAAUGAGAAUAUUAAGGUCUUAGCACCCAGCCAAUUCCUCAUCACAGUCCCUCUGCGUGGCCUGUCUGGGUACAGGGAAUGCCAGGUACGGCACUGGCGUUACUACACCGUGCAUGGAGCCAAGCUGCUCUCCUCCGUGCGGGACCCUGAGGAAUUGCAUCAAUGGCUAGAGGUGGAGCAGUUCUCAAAAAGCCUUCAGCAGUGGCAUGAAACGGAUGUGAACAUCGAAGGUGAUCUCGUUCCAGCCAAAGUCCUUAUCGUCUUCCGGGAGCUGGUGGAGAAGUCGAUUAUCUCCUGUAACCUCUCCAGUAAAGUGACGGUGCUGGAGAGCUUCAGCUCAGUGGUACGGGUGGCUGUGGAGACAUCAGAAUUGCAGGUCGAGGUGGAGCUGGUCCCUGCUGUGGAGAUUCCAACUUGCUGGCCUGAGAAAGCCCGGUGGCCUCGUUGCCUUAAGCGUUGGCCUUCCCAAGAAAAAGUGCAGUGUGUCAAGUCGCUUGGUUUCGACCUUUUGGCCCGCUCCAAUUAUCACUGGCAGCUGUGCUUCUCCCGUGCUGAGCAUAUACUCAUGGAAGGACUUGAUGAAGAUGGUGGUUGUCGCAUGAAGUGCUUCAGGGUGAUGAGGCAGAUGAAGGAAGAUGUCUGGUGUGCUGGAAAUAAGCCUGUCAUCACAGCUUAUCACCUUCAGACAGUGCUAUUCUGGACGUGUGAAAAAUACCCACGCACCAAGGAUUGGCGCUGCUUCCCUGAAGCCUUUCUGAGGCUGGUACAGAAGCUGCACAAGUGUGUAAGCCAGCACUUCCUCAAGCAUUACUUUGUUAAGAACACCAAUCUGCUCAAAUAUGCCAACACCAGUGACCUGGACCUGGUGGCCAGCAAGCUCGCAGUCUUCUUGGAGAACCCCGUCUUCUGCCUGGACUAAGGCAGGAAAAGGUCUCCUUACCCCAACCCUGAACUGAUCCUUCACCUCCUUCCCCCAUCUUUGGUUGUUCUUCGUGUCCUUCCAGU